GCAGGGUGAGAAGGAGAACCCCAUGCGGGAGCUGCGCAUCCGCAAGCUCUGCCUCAACAUCUGCGUCGGGGAGAGCGGGGACAGGCUCACCCGGGCGGCCAAAGUGCUGGAGCAGCUGACGGGCCAGACCCCCGUCUUCUCCAAAGCACGAUACACAGUGAGAUCCUUUGGAAUCAGAAGAAAUGAGAAGAUUGCUGUUCAUUGCACGGUUCGUGGGGCCAAAGCAGAGGAGAUUCUGGAGAAGGGGUUGAAGGUGCGAGAAUACGAGCUGAGAAAAAACAACUUCUCAGACACUGGGAACUUUGGCUUUGGAAUCCAGGAGCACAUCGACCUGGGCAUUAAGUACGAUCCCAGCAUUGGUAUCUACGGCUUGGACUUUUAUGUGGUGCUGGGCAGGCCUGGUUUCAGCAUCGCUGACAAGAAGCGCAGGACUGGCAACAUCGGAGCCAAGCACAGGAUUGGGAAGGAAGAAGCCAUGCGCUGGUUCCAGCAAAAGUAUGAUGGCAUCAUCCUUCCUGGUAAAUGAGCAGUUCCUGUUACUAAAAAAAGGAAAAUAAAUUUUUCUAA